AUGGGAAAAUCCGAAGAAGAACAACAUCUUCCACGUGGCGCUACCUCAUCGGAUCGACCGCAGAAUGCGGAAACGGAGUGUCGGCGCUGUUGUUGUUGUUCUCAGAUUCAGAAACUCGUUGGUUUCAGAUGCAUUCUCGUUUUCCUUUUCUCUCUUGCUUUGUUCCUCUCUGCUUUGUUUUGGUUGCCGCCGUUUCUUCGCCUAGCAGAUCAGAAGAAUCUGCACGAUGAUUCCAAAUAUAAAGGUCAUGAUAUUGUUGCAAGCUUUAUUGUUAAUAAGCCUGUCACUGUGCUAGAAGAUUACAAAUUGCAGCUCGCACGGGAAAUUUUUGAUGAGAUAGAAGCUCCCUCUACUACAACAGUAAACAUCUUGUCUCUAGACCAGUUACCUCGGCCAAACACGACAAAAGUGGUAUUUGCAGUCGAUCCUAAUGGUGGUGAAUACUCAGAAGCGUCUUCUCCCGCCAUAAGUUUGAUAAGAUCAUUAUUUACGUCUCUGGUAAUACACCAAUCAGUUCUCCAGCUCACUUCAUCCUUAUUUGGAGAUCCUUUCUUUUUUGAAGUGCUGAAAUUUAAAGGAGGAAUUACUAUAAUUCCACAACAGAAUGCAUUUCCUUUGCAGAAAGUGCAAACAAAAUUCAACUUUUCUUUGAAUUUUCCCAUUUAUCAAAUACAAAUAAAUUUCAAUGAGCUGACAAAUCAGCUAAAGUCUGGAUUACAUCUGACAUCCUAUGAGAACUUGCAUGUCGUCUUAUCAAAUUCUGAAGGUUCAACAGUAGAUGCUCCCACGAUUAUUCAAUCCUCAGUUCUACUUGCGGUUGGGAUUCCUCCAUCCAAGCGGAGGCUAAAGCAAUUGGCCCAAACCAUCAUGGGACCUCAUAAUCUUGGCUUGAAUAACACUGAAUUUGGUAGGGUUAAGCAAGUCAGACUUUCAACCAUCUUGCAGCACUCCCUUAACGGCAGUGAUACUGGCUCCGCGAGAUCACCUGCUCCUGCUCCAGUGCCUCAUUCCUCGCACCAUCACCACCACCACCACCACCACCAUCACCAUCACCACCAUCACGAUACCCAUCUAACUCCUGUAACUUCUCCUAUACCUGCACCCACACCUGCACCUAAUCCUUGGGAGGGUGUAACUACACCUGGAGUUGGUUCUCCGGCAUCUACAAAAAGUGCACCUACACCUCAGAAAAGUUCUCAAGCUCAUCCUCCUGACUGUCCAUUUGAGCGUAGAAAAAGGUCUACACGUAAUGCUGGGAGACAUACUUAUCUAACACCUUCCAUUGCCCCUAGCAUUGAACAUCAUCACCAUGUUCCUAUUUCAUCACCAAAACCCCAGGUUGAACCCCCUACGCAUGCCUCUAAUUCAGUACCUGCUUUGAGUCCUUUGCCAAAUGUAGCUUUUGCUCAUGCUGAGCCUCCACCUAAGAGCGGACCUGCUCCAGAACAACCGCACACACAGUUUCAUGGGUCACCAAUAUCACCAUCUUCUGCAGGCUGUCUUGGAUCUGUUAAAUGGACAUCUUUAAUAUUUCUUGUACUUUUGUUACAUGUGUGA